AUGGCCUCUCAUCAUCUCGUCGCCAUCGCCGCAGGAAAACCUGACACCAUCGACUUGACAGGAGACAGUGAUUCAGAUUACGAACCAGAUUCUCUGGGGCCAGUGAAUCGCAACAACACUACCACAGCGCGCUUCACACCCAAUUUUUCUAUCUCAAGUGAGCGCCCAUCAUCAACAAACGCCCCCGUCAGCCCGCCCAGGUUGAAUAGAUCUACGAGCUCUAUCGCCGCCAGCCAGGAUAAACAGCCCUCCGCUUCUGCUGAACCGCCACGCCCAGCAUCUUCAGUACUCAAACUGAGCCAGAAGGUGACCACGAUAACGGCUAAUUCUGAUGACGCCCAAAGUAUGGCAAAGCUGUCUAGUGUUACAGCCUCCAACUUGGCAUCCCGUCAGGUGACGCCCACGCCUGAAAAAGACGGUUCAAAAUCAGCGCAACAGAGCAAACCGGCAUCUCCUAAAUAUCAAACGCCUAAAAAGCAGGAAUGGGAUGUCGCUGCUGUUGUCGAGAAGCUGACACAGUUUCGCCAAGAUAUCAAGGAUGGACACAGUCGCAUGACCUCUUAUAUCAUUGAGUCUACCAAGCCUAAUGAACGUCGUGUUAUGACAGGCAAAAACCUCUUCGCCGGACUUAUUAACAAACCUGUCGCGUCCAAGAAGGGAGAAACGAUGAGAAUCAAAUCCAAAGAACACACGAAGCUUAAGAACAACAAACGUGAGGAUCACUACAGCAUCGUACGCAUCCAGACAGAUGAAGAGCGUGUCCCAAGAUACCGCUUUCAUCAUGUGGAAAUCAAAAAGAAUAUUCUUACACCCAACACAAUGCUAACCUUUGUACCCCACUUGAGGGAUCUUGAGACCUCAGAGGAGUACAAAUACAAUGUUUGGUUGCAAGAAUUGGAGGAUAUUGAUCGCAAAUCUGGUUUCAAGCCCAUGAGUCGCGAGGAGAAAGUCCGCAUAGCAGUGCGGUCCGAAUUUGCAUCGACUGUCUUGUUAUAUCUUGGCACUUGGCUCGACAAGCUCUCAAUACCUGGCUGUAACAGAUCAGCUCUCAUUCGCUUCAUGGCAAGUCGAGAACCUGACGACGCGAUCACGCCUCGACAAAAAUCAGACAUUCUCAACUCACAUCGCCCUGCCGAGUCUACCACACCGCCCGAGGCAAACAAAGCCGCCCACAUGUUCACGGAAGCAUUCCGCCGUGUCUUUCAUCAGGGCCAGCCCCCGACCAAGCAGAUUGAGCUCCGUGAUGUCUUGCUUUUGGAUGAGUCAGUCGACAGCAUCAUGGAAACCAAGCCCACAGCCAAGGAUGGCUCCAGCACACAGCACGAAAACGAGCAUGAUGCUGUCGAGUAUUGGCUGGGAACUUAUUCAAUCCUUGGUUGCCUUAUCUGCUUCAGUCAUUCAUGUGAGCACGGCGAAUACGAUGCCCAGAAUUGCAAGCGCACCCUUUCGAUUCUUCCCCGUCUUUCGGAUACUCUUAAGCGGCGACGUCGCCUCCCCUACAGUGCAGGUGAUGCGGUUAAUGGCAAUGGCCCCUUGUCCCCGCUCUGCAAACGUAACUGCUAUCGAAGCUCGCCCCGGCCUGUUGCUGCCUCAACCCAGAGGCCCUGGGAUGAAGAGGAUCAUUUUAUCCUUCGAUCUACGGUUGUGACCGCCGACCGCAGCAAGGUUACGAAAGAUCCCUUCUGCUUGGUUGCCCAGCUCCUUGACCGGGAUUGCAGCGACAUCUCAAAUUCGGACCGUCAGCUGGUAUGA